AUGGUUUUGGAAGUGCUGAACUCAGUGCAUUAUAACAUCACCAGCAUGGUGACCGAAGUUGCACCUGUUGCCAGCGUUUCAAUCCUGCUGCUCACUGGCUUUCUUCUCUUGGUUUGGAAUUAUAAAAACACAUCCUCAAUACCAGGUCCUGGCUAUUUUCUGGGAAUUGGGCCCCUCUUUUCCUACUGCAGGUUCUUCUGGAUGGGGAUCGGCGGUGCCUGCAAUUACUACAAUAAGACGUAUGGAGAAUUCAUGAGAGUCUGGAUAUAUGGAGAGGAAACUGUCAUUAUUAGCAAGUCCUCAAGUGUGUUCCACGUAAUGAAGCACAAUCACUACACAUCCCGAUUCGGCAGCAAACUUGGGUUGCAGUGCAUUGGCAUGCAUGAGAAAGGCAUCAUAUUUAACAAUAAUCCAGUCCUCUGGAAAGCUGUUAGAACUUACUUUAUGAAAGCUUUGUCUGGCCCCGGCCUGGUGCACAUGGUGACCAUCUGUGCUGAUUCUAUCACCAAGCAUCUGGACAGGCUGAAGGAGGUCCACAGUGAGUUGGGCUAUGUGGAUGUGUUGACCCUCAUGUGGUGCAUCAUGCUGGACACCUCUAACAAGCUCUUCCUGGGGAUCCCCUUGGACGAAAGAGCCAUCGUGGUUAAAAUCCAGGGUUAUUUUGAUGCAUGGCAAGCUCUCCUUCUCAAACCAGACAUCUUCUUUAAGAUUUCUUGGCUAUGCAGAAAGUAUGAAAAGUCUGUCAAGGAGCUGAAAGAUGAAAUGGAAAUUCUGGUAGAAAAAAAAAGACACAGGAUUUUCACAGCAGAGAAGCUGGAAGACUCUAUGGAUUUCGCCACUGAGUUGAUUUUGGCUGAGAAACGUGGUGACCUGACAAGAGAGAAUGUGAACCAGUGCAUACUGGAAAUGCUGACCACAGCGCCAGACACCAUGUCCGUCUCUGUAUUCUUCAUGCUGCUUCUCAUUGCAAAGCACCCCCACGUUGAAGAAGCAAUACUGAAGGAAAUCCAGACUGUUCUUGGUGAAAGAGACAUAAGGAAUGAUGGUAUUCAAAAACUAAAAGUGAUAGAGAACUUUAUUUAUGAGAGCAUGCGGUACCAGCCUGUCGUGGACCUGGUCAUGCGCAAAGCCUUAGAGGAUGAUGUCAUCGACGGCUACCCAGUGAAGAAGGGGACUAACAUUAUCCUGAAUAUUGGAAGAAUGCAUAGACUCGAGUUUCUCCCCAAGCCCAAUGAGUUUACUCUUGAAAACUUUACCAAGAAUGUUCCUUACAGGUACUUUCAGCCAUUUGGCUUUGGGCCCCGGGCCUGUGCGGGAAAAUACAUUGCCAUGGUGAUGAUGAAGGUCACCCUGGUCACACUUCUGAGACGCUUCCACGUGCAGACAUUGCAAGGUCGAUGUGUUGAAAAGAUGCAGGAGAAACAUGACUUAUCCUUGCACCCGGAUGAGACCAGCGACCUGCUGGGAAUGAUUUUCAUCCCAAGAAAUUCAGAUAAGUGCCUCGACCACUAA